AUGCUCUCGACACUUCUGAGGAGAACAAUGUCUGGCAGCAAAGUCAAGCGAGUUCCCAUCCCUCGACGGGGAGUCGACUACAGGGGCAAGGUUGUCCUGGCGCCCAUGGUGAGAUCUGGCGAGCUUCCCUCCCGUUUGCUCGCUCUUCACCAUGGCGCCGAUCUUGUUUGGGGUCCCGAGACCAUCGACCGUGCCAUGAUCGGAACCGCUCGACGGUUCAACAAGGACACCAAGGUCUUGGAAUGGUACCGCGUGCAAUCGCAUGGCCAGAAGGAGCCUCCACCGGACGCCAAGGAGAGCAUCAUCUACAGAGUCCAUCCCGAGAAGGAGUCGGGCAAGCUCAUUUUCCAGAUGGGCACCGCCGAUCCGGAGCGAGCCGUUCAAGCCGCGAGGUUAGUGGCGGCAGAUGUCGCCGGAAUCGACGUAAAUGCCGGCUGCCCGAAGCCCUUCAGCACAAGCGGCGGUAUGGGUGCCGCCCUGCUGCGGACGCCGGAGAAGCUGUGCGCCAUCCUCGAGGCCUUGGUGCAGAACAUCACGCCCGAGUUUGAAAUUGGCAUCAGCGUCAAGAUCCGGAUCCUCGAAACGGCCGCCGAAACCGAGGCGCUCGUCCGGAGACUCUGUGCCACGGGAAUCACGGCGCUUACCGUGCACUGCCGGACGACCCCGAUGCGGCCGCGUGAGCGGGCAAUUCGAGACCAGCUACGCAUGGUCGCCGACGUGUGCCGCGAGCAUGGCGUUGCCUGUCUCAUGAACGGCGACGUCGAGGGUAAAGACCAAGGCUUGCGGCUCGCCGAAGAGUUUGGCGCCGACGGUGCCAUGAUUGCGACGGCGGCCGAGACGAACCCCAGUUGCUUCCGAGGAGAAGCGCAGGGGGGCAUCCUCCCGUGGCAAGCGGUUGUGGAACAGUACCUGCAGCUGUGCAUGGAUGUCGACAAUCGCUUCGGCAACACAAAAUAUCUUCUCGCGCAAAUGGUGCCGGGCAAGGACAAGGCCUCGCACAAGUCGGUCACGCAAGGCAGAAGCUACGCAGACAUCUGCGGCGGCUUGGGACUGAAUCACCUCCUCCAGCAAGCCAAAGGAACCGACGCACGGCGGGGCCUUGGUGCAGCGCAGGAAAACGCAAAGAGUAGGAGAAACGCGAGCGCGCUGGCUGCCGGCGGCCAAACGGGACACCUUCCGGAGCAGCCUCGGAAACCGUUGUCGGACCGAAAGGUCGGCGCGAGGCCGGAGGCCACGGUCGACCCGACGUCCCUGGCGGCCGUUUCAUGA